GUAUAAUCAUAAACUUUAAACAUUAUAUAUUGAAUUUUUUCCUCAUUUUUUUUAUAUGAAAUCAUAUUUUUAUUCACAUUAUAUACAUAUUUUUUUUUAUAAUUACAAUCAAUGAUAAAAUAGCUUUUAUAAUUUCGUAUUAAAAAUAUUAAGUUUAAAGUGAUUCUACUAUUAUUUCUGUAAAUAAUCAACUACGAUUAAUGUAAUCUAUGUAGAUAAUCAUCUAUGCAAUAUUGUAAUCUAUGUAUAUAAACUGUUAAAUUCCUCGAAUGACAAAUGUGUUGGAAUCUAUUGCAAUAAAUAUUGCAUUAACCUAUUAUGUCAUAUCCAAUUCUUGGUACUCCGAUACCUAUAUACAUACUAUUUAAACUUUUUGUACUGUACCACAUAAUUAUCAAGUUAAGUUUCACUAAAACGUAAUUUGCUCUCAACAUUAUACGGUUUGUCGGAUACAUAGUUUAUAUUGAAUUAGAAUAAUAUACACUCCAUUUGCAUAUAAAAAGUGAUAUAAUGUUUACAAUGAGAAAACAUGUUCUACUGCUAUUUUUUUGUUUGUAUAUAACUCAAUUUAAUGACGUUCGAGCUGAUUCCCUUCCGGUUGUUUUAUGGCAUGGAAUGGGACGUCGAACAUAGUUAUUUUGGAAAUGUUAAUAAGCAAAUACAAAACGUUUGUCAACAAUUGAUAAAGGAUGAUCGUCUUAAAAAUGGUUAUAAUGCUAUUGGAUUUUCUCAAGGAGCUCAAUUACUACGAACGGUAAUUCAAAGAUGUCCCAAUCCUUCAGUUAAAAAUUUUAUUUCUUUGGGUGGCCAACAUCAAGGCGUUUUUGGCUUACCACGUUGUGGAACAUCGAAUCAUAUAAUUUGCGACUAUAUAAAUCGCGUGAUCAAAUAUGGAGUUUACUUAAACACAGUCCAAGAAAAUUUUGUUCAAGCUACCUAUUGGCAUGAUCCAUACCGAGAAGAAGAAUAUAAAGAGAAAAGUAUAUUUUUAGCUGACAUCAACAAUGAACGUUAUAUUAACGAGUCGUAUAAGGAGAAUCUUCAGAAAUUACAUACCAUGGUGUUAGUUAAAUUUAUUAAUGAUACUAUUGUUUGGCCUCCAGAAUCAGAAUUAUUUGGAUUCUAUAAAACAGGACAAACAUCAUCGAUUGAAACAUUAGAACAGUCUGAGCUGUAUCGUAAGGAUCGCCUAGGGUUAAAAAAAUUACAUGAUACUGGAAGACUUCAUUUUCUUUCCAUAGAUGGAGAUCAUUUGCAAUUUACAGAAGAUUGGUUCAUCGAUAAUAUAAUAAACAAAUAUUUGUUAUAAAAAUUAAUAGCAGUAUCUGUGAUGAAAGAAUUUUUCAAGAACUAAUUACUCUUCCACAACAAUAAAUAUUGUUUAGUAUUUCUAAACAGCUCUUUAAUCAUUUACAAACAUGUAGGUAUUCAAUAUUAUCGCAAAAAUUUAAAUUUGUAUUUAUAUAAUUAUAUAAUUUUACUUAACUUAUUUUAUUUGUACUAUAUUUCUACGUAGUUAUUAUGUAUGUAAUAUAUCCAAUAAAUUUUUCAUUUUGGUUUAUUUAAUCGAAGUUUAUGUAAAAUUGUGAUUUUAAAUAUUUUCCAGGUUAUACCAGCCAUUUGAUAACCUCCUGUAUCUGAUGACAUUUACUUUUUUUUCAUUAAUGAUAUAAUAUUAUUAAAUGAGCAAUCAUUUGUUUGUUUGUAUUACACUUGUUUCAUCGUGCAUUAUUAAAUUGUUGCAUAUAAAAUGUUUGAUUUCACAAACUCAUACGGAACUCAAUGAUUCUAAAUAAUCAUAUUGAUCAAAAGCAUUGUUCAAUAUUUAUUACUGGUCAAUUUAAAGCUUAAAACAAGUGUGUUUUAUCUCAAAAUAUUUCAAUUAUUUUAAAAUAUUGUAAUUAAAAUGUCUUUAAUCUUUUUUUCGAAGAAUUAUAUACAUAAAUAUUACAUAUGCUUGUUUUAAAAAUCCUUACUCUUGUAAUAUAAAUUGACCUGAUGUAAUUAAUUUACUUUUUCACGUAUUACAAUAGUGUGUUGAAUUUUUAAAAUUACAAUAAAUAUGAAAUCACAAAAAUUAAAAAUUGAAUUUAUAAUGUUUAUACAUUUCCAUAAUUAUUGUACGUAAUAAUCACAACAGAACGUUCUGUGUCAUUUUGAAAGUUCAAUAUUUCUAGGUUAUGUGUCAUAUCAAUUAUCAUAUGAGUUUAUUCUAAUCACGUUAAAUUUUAAUAGAUCUGUUUUUAAUAGUUAUAAGAAUUAAAAUGAAAAUUAAAUAUUCAUUAUAUUUUUCAAUAAUAAAUAAAAUCACAGCAAUUAUUAAAUCAUCAUUUAUCAUUUAUUAUAGGAAUUACAAUUUAUAUAAAAAAAAAAAUAAAUAAACAAUUUAUACAUUUGAAUUUAAAUUACACGUAUUUUACAUACUUAUAUAGAUUUAAAACGCUGGAGGAAAAGGUAUUAAAAAAUAAAGGAAAAUUAAAAUAGAUUUAUUUAAAAAUUUCAAUAAUAUACAUUUAUUUUAUAUUAUAACCCUUAAUAUUAUAAACAAUAUCAGUACGUAAUUAAUAUAAAAAUUUUAUUACAUAUAAAUAUAUAUGUAACUAUAAACUUUAAACAUUAUAUUGAAUUUUUUUUUGAUUUUUUUAUAUCAAACCAUCUUUUUAUUAUAUGUUAUAAACAUAUAUGUUAUAUACAUAUAUUAUGUUUUUUUUUUUAGAAUUGCAAGUAAUGACUAAAUAGUUUUUACAAUUUCGUACUAAAAAUAUUUAUUAAUAGUGAUUCCACUAUUAUUUCCAACUACGAUUAAAAAAAUAAAAAUAAUCAACUACGAUUAUUGUAAUCUAUAUAUAUAUAAUCUACUAUUUUAUUUUUGCAAUUUAUAUAAUAUAAUCUACUAUUUUAUUUUGGCAAUUUAUGUAAAUAAUCAUCUAUGCAAUAUUAUGUGUGUAAUUUAUAUCAUCUAAUAUUAUUAUAUAUUAUAAAAUAUAUCAUCUAAUAUUAUUUAUUGAGCCUGAAAUAUUAUGGAGUUCCGGUACGGUACGGGGCUUACAUAUGACCCUUUAAAUGUAUUAAAAUAUACAGAUGUACUAAAAUUAAUUUAAAGUAAAUUAUAACAGUAUUGUAUUAAAAAUUACAAUCAUUUUGUAACUUGUAAUAUUCUUAAAUUAUUAAUCUAGGGAUUUGAUAAUAGAUUAGAAGUACCUAUUUAUUGAAGUUCAGUACAUAAAACUAACGUAUGCCAAAAACUCGCGGAAAUAUAAAGAAUGAGAGAGAAACAAAAGAAAAAAGAAAGAUAGGUAGUGAUUAGGCCAUUUUUUUUCAAGUCGCGUCAGUGUGAAUUUCUUUGCCAGAAAAAGAGAGACUAAAAAGCAGCUAUUCUUUUUCUACUUUUUUUCGGUAAAUCUCAUUCGAUAUAUGUAUAUUAAAUUUUUUAAACAAAUAGACAAAGACAAUGAACAUGUAUUAUUUUGUUUUGUAUAUUAAUACAUAAGAUAAAAAAAAGUGUAUAAGUAUUUAUAUAAAUAUAAAUUUUAAUAUAAAAUUAUAAAGAAAUGUUUUGACCCUAAACAAUGAAUAAGUAUUUAUAUAAAUAUAAAUUUUAAUAUAAAAUUAUAAAGAAAUGUUUUGACCCUAACAAAUGAAAGUUAUACUUUUUUAAUAAUGUUUGCAGAAUCUUGAAUCUAAUAAUGUUGAAGGAGAAUUUUCUGAAAUUACAUACCAUAGGAUUAAUUAAGUUUAUUAACGAUUCUAUUGUUCAUUCUCCAGAAUCAGAAUUAUUUGGAUUCUAUAAAACAGGACAAACAUCAUCAAUUGAAAUAAUUAGAACAAUCUGAGCUUGUAUCGUAAGGUACUAUAUUAAAAUGUAUUAUUAAAAUUAUAUUAUUACAACGAAAUAAUAUCUAAGAAAAUUAAUUGAUUUUCGUAUGGUUACAAUCCAUAAUUAUAACGAAUAUUUCAAGAAAUCAUUUAUAAUUUAUAAUUUAUAAUUUUUGCAUUGUGAAUAAUACAAUUGUAACAAAUAAUUUCAAUUACAAAACUAAAUUUUUUAUGGAUAUAUUAAUAAAGCAAUUUUUUUUUAGGAUCGUUUAGAUUUAAAAAAAUUACACGAUUCUGGAAGACUUCAUUUGUUUUCCGUACAGGGAUACUAUCUGGAAUAUAUGAAAAAGUGGUUUAUAGAUUUAAUAAAUAAAUAUUUCUUAUAGAGAUCUUAAACCUCUGAUAUAAUAUUUAAUAAAUAUUUCUUAUAGGGGAUUUAAUAAAUAA